CAUGUUCCUUAUUCAGAAGAGAAACGACAUAUAUUUGAUCCAUUUGGGAAGAGUGUCAAAUGGAACUUAUCUCCAAUUAAAAGUCGAAGAACUUCUAAAAAGAAAACUUAUAGUUGUAGUGACUGUGGAAAAAAUUUCAGUGACCGUUCAAACUUUUUUCGUCAUGAGAGGAUUCAUACUGGUGAGAAACCUUACAAGUGUGAUGACUGUGGAAAAGCAUUUAUCCAGAGUUCAUCUCUUACUGAACAUCAGAGAACUCAUACUGGAGAAAAACCCUAUAAAUGUAAAGUUUGUGGGAAAGCAUUCACUGUAAAUUCAUCUCUUGUUCAACAUCAGAGAAUUCAUACUGGGGAGAAACCUUAUAAAUGUAAUGAAUGCAGGAAAGCCUUCAGUGACUACUCAUCCUUUAUUCAACAUCAAAGAAUUCACAGUGGCGAGAAACCCUAUGAAUGUAUUGAUUGUGAGAAGUCCUUCACUGAUAUCUCAUCUCUUACACAACAUCAGAGAAUUCACACUGGAGUGAAACCCUAUAAAUGUAAUGAUUGUGGGAAGGCAUUCAGACGAAGUACACACCUUACACAACACCAGAGAACUCAUACUGGGGAAAAGCCUUAUAAAUGUAAUGAGUGUGGAAAAGCAUUCAGUGCCCACUCAACCUUUACACAACACCAAAGGAUUCACACUGGAGAAAAACCCUAUACAUGCAGUGAAUGUGGGAAGGGCUUUCCUGAAAACUCAUCCCUUACUAAACAUCAUCGAAUUCAUACUGGAGAGAAACCUUAUGAGUGUAGUGAAUGUGGUAAAGCUUUUAGCCAGAGCACUCAUCUUAUUCAACAUCAGAGACUUCAUACUGAGGAGAAACCCUUUAAAUGUGAUAAAUGUGGAAAAGCAUUUGGUAACAGUUCAAUCCUGAUCAGACAUCAUCAGCUUCACACUUUAGAGUCAUCCUAAUGAUACAAAUGUUUUGUGGACUAUUUCAUCCUUUAAUGAUCCACUCUUACUUUUUGGUCAUAUGUCUCUUACCCAUGCUAUCCACUCUUCUGCUUAUAAUUAGAAUCUCUAGGAAUGUUGUACUCUUGGGACAGAGUAAAACAUUACAUGAUAUUUUAAAUUUAAGUUUCCCAUACUGACAGUGUUUUGUUAGGUGCAUAAGAGAUUUAGAUUAUUAUGUCCUCUUGGGGAAUUGGCCCAUUUAUCAUCAUUUAAUGUGCCUUCUUAUCCCUUAGUAUCUUCCCUGUUCUGAAGUCUGCGUUGUCUGAAAUUAAAAAAAGCUAUGUCAGCUUACUUUUGAUUAGUGUUAGCAUAGCAUACCUUUCUCUAUCUUUUUACUUUUAACAUUAUGUUUAUUACUGUUUUCUAUUCUUUGCAUUUGUUUCCUUUCUUCCAUCUUUUUAUGCCUUCUCUGGUUUUAAUGGAGCAUUUUAUGAUUCCAUUUUAUCUCUUAUAAUACAUUAAUUAUAUGUCUUUUAAAAACAUUUUAGUGGCUGCCUUAGAGCUUGCAAUAUACAUUUUAAACUAAGUGCAACUUUAAGUAAAAUGACACUGCCUCACAUGUAAUGCAGUUACCUUAUAUCAGAGUAUUCCCAUCCUUUGUGGUAUUAUCAUUUGCUUCACUUAUGCUAUG